UCAAUGAACAUGGAGAGAAAUACUCUGAUGCUGUGACUUUAAAAAUCAUGUCUGUAGGAUGUUUGGUGAUAUUAUACAUAUCCAUUGGAGUGGGUUGUGGAGCUGUUGUCAUCACCACGAUGGUGCUGAUUUGGGGAAGCAGGAUGAAAAAGAGAAAUGACACACUUAAAUCUCAGAUGAAUCAGUCCAAACAUAAUGAAAACAGACGCAAAGCUUGUGAUGUUGAGUUAAGUCAACCUGUGUAUGAGAAUGCAACGAUUACCUUGAAGAGGCCAUAAUGUUUGGGACACAGAGCAAAACAUUUUUUCAGCCUUUAUGGACAGUGGAAAUAGAAAGUCUUCACAUCCCUGUUUAAACAGCAGGUUUUUCUGAUGUAAAAAUUAAAACAAAAGAAAAAAUCAUAUCAGAAAUUUUGCAUGUUCAGUGUCAAAAUUACAAGCAAUCCCACUAAAAACCAGUGACAUUUCAGAGGAAAAAAUAAAGCUAAAAAAACUUGGAAUAAAUAUCUGCAUAAGUGUUCACCCCCCUAAACUUUACUUGGUUGAAGCACCUUUUGAUGUUCUUACAGCAUUCAGUUUGGAUGGGAGUCUGAAGCCAUUCUUUUGUUGAUUUAGACGUGUGUUUUGAAACAUUGUCUUGCUGAAAGGUAAAGUUAUCUUCAUUUUAGUUUUUUAGCAGACGGCAGAAUAUUCUGUGCCAAAAUCAACUGAUAAAUGGAGCUAUUCAUGAUUCCAUCCACCUUUCAUCAAUGAAAAACUGUUGAACCUCUUUCUGGCCCAUGGCUCUUGUAGUUACCAAGAUGAUGUCAGUAAAAUCUUACAAGAACAGCUGAGAUUUAUUUGGAUUAUCUUCAGCUGAAGACAGGACUGUGUACUGUACUUUCCUAUGAGCUUCAUGAUUUUAGUUCAUUUUGAACAGAGCCACAUACCUAGUUAAAAAAGAUUGUGAAUACUUGUGUUAUUAAUGUUUUUAUCUUUAUCUUCUGAAACUUUGGUUCCCUUUCAGUCGGUCACUUUGACGUUACGUCAGAGACUGACGAAAUGGGGUCUCGCCCGAGAGCCCAAUCACCUUCGAGUGUUAACAAAACGAGCCAAUGAUACGAGAAGUAUCUUGGUCUGCGGAAUUUGCAUGCGCAAGCUCCGCCCCACACUGUGGGUAUAUAAGGAGCAGCGCGCUUCGGAGCCGAGCGCAUCGUGCCUUCACCGGAGUGUUUACAGCGAGUCUCUGCAGUACUGAUGUGACGGCGCAUCUCAGCGGAUUCCAGUGUUCCUGCCUUUGCCUGUUUCCCCUGAGCGCUUCAGUGCUAAAAGAGUAUUUCUAAAAGAGCUUGCGGGUUUCCAGGUCGCGUCUUUUUAAAGAUGUUGUACCGCCCUUGUGUUUCUCGGUGCGGUCGGUAUAUGGCACCUCUUUACGGCCAUGAUCGCUGUCUCACGUGCUUGGGCUUCCAGCACGCUGAAGCAGCGUUCGUGGAUGGUUCAUGUCCUCAUUGUGGGAACAUGACCAUCAAGAUGCUUAGAUCUAGACUCGAUUACCUUAAACAGUAUCGAGUCCCCUCUGCAACACUCCGAUCUUUGGCUGGUGGCCAGGGUGAUCUGAGGGUUACGGUGUGGAACAACCCGACGAGUCAGCCUCCUCGGGCCACGCCUCCCUCUCAAGCGUCUCAGCCGGUGGAGCUUCCGGAUGAGCUUGCUGCCUCCCCUUCUGGGGGACCCAGCGUCUCAUUUGGGGCUCCGGAGGACGAUCGUAUGUCAAUCGCUGCAUCGCAAGGCGGGUUUGAUGAAGACUCGGCUGCGGUGCCUCCCCCUGGGGGAGCAGCAUUGUCCAAGUCAGAUCCCGAGCUGACGGCCAUGCUUGCCCAGGCAGCCGAGAGUAUUGGGUUGGAGUGGAAUCCUCCACCCCGUCCUGAGCGCUCGAGGCUAGAUGAUUGGUUCCUAGGGGCUGCACACUCUGGUGAAUGCCAGGGUCCCCCUCCGGUUCCUUUCUUCCCGUAAGUGCAUGAGGAGGUUACCAGUUCGUGGAGGGCACCUUUAACUGCCCGAAACCGUUCUGGCGCUUCCUCCGCCUUCACUUCCCUUGAUGGCGGAGCGGCUAGAGGGUAUGCUGGGGUACCCCCUGUUGAGCGCUCGGUUGCGAUGCAAUUGUGUCCUCCGAGCACCUCUACGUGGCGCGGUGAUCCCAAGCUCCCGUCCAAGGCCUGUAAGUUCUCGUCCACGCUUGUGGCCAAGGCUUACAGAGCUGCGGGUCAGGCCGCUUCCGCCUUGCACGCCAUGGCCACCUUACAAGUCCAUCAGGCUAAGGUGCUCAAGGGCUUGCACGAGGUGGGUGCUGACCAAGCGGUCCUUCAGGAGGCCCGCACGGCCGCCGACCUUGCCCUUCGGGCGACUAAGGUUACGGCGCGUUCGAUUGGUCAGGUGAUGUCCACCUUUGGCUGAACCUGCCAGACAUAAGGGAGUCGGACCGGACUCAGCUCCUAAACUCCCCUGUCUCUCAGGCCGGCCUUUUCGGCGACGCGGUCGAGGUUGUUGCCCAGCAAUUCUCGGCCGCUCAGAGACAGUCUGAGGCGAUUAGCCAUAUCCUGCCCCGGCGGCCCGCUGCUGCUCCUACACCGCCGCCGGCUCAGGUGCCUCAGUCUGCUCGUCGCCGAGGUCGCCCUCCCGCGGCUUCCUCCGCUCCCGCUCGGCCACAGCAGCAGCCUCCACCCCGGCCGCAACGAGGAAACAGCCGUGGGAAAGCGACGCAGCCCGUCCCCGCCCCUCCACCUGCCAAGCGUCAGGCUAAGAAGCGGCGGUCCUGAGACGGGCGACCCGGAGUCGGAGACGACAGCUCUUCAGGAGUCGGUAGCAGGGCCGCUCCUUCCCCCACAGGAGGGCCGGGGGAGAACCCUUCCAUCUUUGCCGCUGGCACCGCCAGCGGUACCCGUAUCCUCACAGAAAGAGCUGUUUCCUCUACCGCCGGGUCCCAAGAGGGCACGGUUGACAGUGUCUGUUUCUCAACACUCUCUUCCCCUCUCCCCUCUUUAUUUGCAGAGCCGGUCUGAGAACACCAUGCCUUCUCACGGAGCCCCCUCUGUCACUCCACGGACUCAGACGCCACCUCUUUUACGGGACGCUAUGCCUCCCAUACCAGGGCCGUCUGUUCCGUCUCGCUGCCCCACCAAGGGUGCACCUGUGGUACCUUUGACCCUGCUGGCAUGGUUUCUGGGUGCUUGGUUAGAGCUACCCAACCUGUCCCGCUGGCUCAUUCGAACAAUCAGGCUCGGCUAUGCGAUUCAGUUCGCUUGGCGUCCCCCCAGGUUUCGGGGGGUCCGCGCUAUGAUGGUGGGCAAAGAUGCCAUGAUCGAGCCGGUCCCUCCAGCCGAGAUGAGGUCAGGGUUUUACAGCCCAUACUUCAUUGUACCCAAGAAAACAGGUGGGUUACGGCCAAUCCUGGACCUUCGGGCUUUGAACCGGGCUCUUCACAGACUCCCGUUCAAGAUGUUAACGCCCAAACGCAUUUUCGAGUGCGUUCGUCCACUAGAUUGGUUUGCAGCGAUAGACCUGAAGGACGCGUACUUUCAUGUCUAUUCUUCCUCGACACAGACCGUUUCUUCAAUUUACUUUCAAGGGGCAGGCAUUUCAGUACAAGGUCCUCCCCUUCGGGUUGGCCCUGUCUCCCCGCGUCUUCACGAAGGUCGCAGAGGGAGCUCUGGCUCCCCUCAGGGUCCAGGGUGUCCGUAUUCUCAACUACCUCGACAACUGGCUGAUUCUGGCACAGUCUCAAGAGCGGUUGUGCGAGCACAGGGGUCUAGUGCUCAGACACCUCGCCCGUCUGGGUCUUCAGGUCAACCAGGAGAAGAGCAAACUUUGCCCAGUGCAGAGGAUCUCUUUUCUCGGUAUGGAAAAAAACUCAGUCGCCAUGUACGCGCAGCUUACGAGCGAGCACGCGCAGUCUCUGCUGAAUUGCCUGAAUCUGUAUGUGACGCUUUGGGUGACCAUCACCCCAGCUUGCUGCCUAACUCUCUCUCCGUGGCGGGACCUGAGUUUUCUUCAAACGGGAGUCCCCUUAGAACCAGUGUCCAGGCAGCUACCAUCACUCUUCCAGGAAUGAGAACCCCUGGACAUGUCCAGUCGGGUCAGUGCUUUCCUUUCUUCAAGAGGGGCUGGAUCGAAGGCUGUCUCCUUCCACCCUUAAGGUCUAUGUGGCCGCUAUUGCCGCCCAUCAUGACCUUGUUGAAGGUAGGUCUCUUGGGAAGCACGACCUGGUUGUUAGGUUCCUGAGGGGGGCUAGGAGGCUCUUUCCUCCCUGCCCCUCACAAAUCCCCUCUUGGGACCUCUCUUUAGUGUUAUCUGCACUUCAGAGGGCUCCCUUUGAACCUUUGUUUUCAGUUGAGCUAAAGUUUCUAUCCCUGAAGACUGCGCUCCUGUUGGCUCUGGCUUCUAUUAAGAGGGUUGGGGACCUACAGGCGUUCUCGAUUGACGAAGCGUGCCUGGAAUUCGGGCCGGAUGACUCUCACGUUAUCUUGAGACCCCGGCUCAGAUAUGUGCCCAAAGUUCCCCGCCGUUCAGGGAUCAGGUGGUGAACUUGCAAUUAGGUGGUGAACAGAUAUUUGUAGAGCUGCGGGCUGGGCGACACCUAACACAUUUGCGAGAUUUUAUAAUCUCCGUGUAGAGCCGUUGUCCUCUCGUAUACUCGCCCCCUCGGGCCAGUAAUUGGACCUGCUCGGUGUCAUAUGCUUGCUGCGCCAUUCCACUCCUUAGACUGGAUAUGUGCGUUUAUUCUCAGUUAGUUCCUGUUCAGAACCCUGAGUCCUCCAGCACUGUUAAUGUCUAUGCUCGUGUGCUGCCCCUCCGGUCAGUCCCGGCCUUAGACUAGGUGCCUAUGCUGUGGUUCCUUCUAGCAACCCCUGUAUUCCACUGUUAGUCUCCUUGGAGCAUGUGUCUUCCCCAGCAAGCCACUUACUUUCUGAUGUGUAAUUCCACCCUGCGGGCUGGUUACUUCAGUUACCACCAUUCUGGUUCCUCUGUAAGACCUCCUUUAGUAGGCAGCCUGUUAGCAUAUCCCUCUGGAUAUGCCACUCAGUGUACUCUGUGUUGUAUGAUCCUUCUAUCGUGCGCUCACGGCAAGGUAUCUUACUCACACUGUCGCUGGAAGACAGCUAUUGUGGUGUUUUAGUAGGGACCCCAUUUCAUCAGUUUCUGACGUAACGUCAAAGUGACCGACUGAAAGGGAACAUCUAGGUUACGUAUGUAACCCUCGUUCCCUGAAGGAGGGAACGGAGAUGUUACGUCCCCUUGCCACAAUAGCUGUGCCGCUGAUUGGCCGGGUCACUUGGCUUGGCUCCUCAGCGAAGACUUGAAUGCGUGCUGCUCGUGCUGCUCCUUAUCAUUGGCUCGUUUUGUUAACACUUGAAGGUGAUUGGGCUCUCGGGCGAGACCCCAUUUCCUCAGUCUCUGACGUAACGUCUCCGUUCCCUCCUUCAGGGAACGAGGGUUACAUACGUAACCUAGACGUUUUCAGUGGCAUUGCAUAGGUUGUCUUUUUUUUUUUUUUAACAUUAAAUGUGCAAUUUGUCUGUUUCAUGUUUUACACCACAAAACCAGUUGUCUUAACCAGAGUGUGGAGACUUUUUAUAUCCACUGUAUCUCUUGUGUGUGCAGCCCUGAAAAGCAACGUGAAUUUAUAUAAAAGUGUGGGAAUUUUUCCUUUAAAAUUUGUUACAUAUAGUUUGCUUACUUAGUUUAGACGUUUUAAGAUGCAUUGUUUAACUGUAAAUCUCAUUGUUUGUUUUCAGCACAGGAAAUAAAGAUCUGAUAUCACAAGUUUACAGUUUUCUGUCAUACAACAACAUUAAA